AUGGACUACACGCACACGACCUUCUUUCCCGGCGCCCCACCAUAUCAGUUUGUGGGAGCCCACCACGUCCCUCUGACGCCUUCGCAAAGCAACUCGGUAGCUUCGGAAGACUACAACGCCACAUCGUCUCCGGAACUCUUCGACCAGUAUCCCAACGGAAUCCCUCCUGAGCAGUUCCACACCAACUUCGACAACUACGUCCAGUUCAAUCACGGCCAGGCCUUCCCGGGCCCGCCCACACCGCCCGGCCACCUGCCGGUGCAUUCCGCAGUCGCCCCCGUGAAUGGCGUGGUCCACCAGCCGGGCCCCACCCCGGAGAUGGUCCCUGUCUCGAAGGUCGAGGCCGAUGACCUGGCUCAGAGCCGCAGGCAGGGGUCGAACUCGGAGGAAGACGAUCUGACCCCGGCCCAAUCAAGGCGGAAAGCCCAGAACCGCGCAGCCCAACGAGCAUUUCGGGAGCGCAAGGAACGCCAUGUCAAGGACCUCGAGAGCCGCCUGCACGAGCUGGAACAAGCCAAGCAGGAGGCUGUGUGCGAGAACGAGCGGCUGAAGCGCGACCUCCAGAAGGUGGAGACCGAGAAUGAGAUCCUGCGGGCGACGUCGAUGGCGACCGCAAAAUCCGGGUCUCCCGGGGCAGCAGCCGCGGCGCCUGUGAUUACCGGACCCAUGACGUACAGCCCGACCGACUUCUACUCCAACGUCCUCCAAGGCCACGCCAACAAAUCCCCCAGCCACAGGAUAGUCACGAGCGAGAAGGGAGAGCGCCUCCUCGCGGCGGGCGCAACGUGGGAAGUCAUCAUCAACCACGAGUUGUUCAAGCGGGGGCUCGUCGACGUCGUCCAGGUCAGCGAGCGGCUGAGGCCGCAGGCCAAGUGCGACGGCCAGGGCCCUGUGUUCGAGGAGAGCGCCAUCCUCAAGGCCAUCGAGCAGAGCGUUGCGGAGAACAGCGACGAGCUGAUAUAG